GACCCUUGAGCCUCUCUCCGCCAGCCGUGCGCCCUCCUGGCCACUGGCUUUGAGAGGAGUGCGCAGUCGUGGCUUCUUUUUGCCUCCCGCUUUCAGGGAGUGCGGUCCCAGGGAAAGGCGUUGGUCUCCCAGGGGCUUCUCUGUGUGUGGUGGGUGGGGUCCGCUGGCCAUGGCCUUCACGUUCGCGGCUUUCUGUUACAUGCUGUCUCUGGUCCUGUGCGCUGCGCUCAUCUUCUUCGCCAUCUGGCACAUAAUUGCCUUUGAUGAGUUAAGGACGGAUUUUAAAAGCCCCAUUGACAAGUGCAACCCCGUUCAUGCAAGGGAGCGGCUGAGGAACAUUGAGCGCAUCUGCUUCCUUCUGCGAAAGCUAGUGCUGCCGGAAUACUCCAUCCACAGCCUCUUCUGCAUCAUGUUCCUGUGUGCUCAGGAGUGGCUCACCCUGGGGCUGAAUGUCCCUCUACUCUUCUACCACUUCUGGAGGUAUUUCCACUGCCCGGCGGAUAGUUCAGAACUAGCCUACGACCCACCGGUGGUCAUGAAUGCAGACACCUUGAGUUACUGUCAGAAGGAGGCCUGGUGUAAGCUGGCCUUCUAUCUCCUCUCCUUCUUCUACUACCUUUACUGCAUGAUCUACACACUAGUGAGCUCCUAACACAAAGACCAUGUACAUCAUCAGAGACUGAGAGGGAGCGCCCUGAGGCUGAGAAGUCCGUUUCUGCUGGUGACUAGAGGAGAGGCUGGAGUGAAACUUGUGGGAGAGAGCUGGCUGGCAGGCAGUGACUGAACGCA